UGCGAGACUCUCAAGUUGUUUCCAAUUUGAUGCAUUAAUAAGCCUCUGAAGAACUACCUAGAUACUACGACGACUUUGCAGUUUUAAGGUCGUACAAGAUCUAAUCUGCGAUAUUACAAACAAUUGACAGAUAGGAUGGAGGCAGAUCGUGCUGUCGCAAACCUGGCGCCGGAAUUGGAAUCCGUCAACCUCAACGGCGAAGCGGAAACGGCCCCGAAGACACCGAAGAGGCGUUUCAUUGGCAGAAGAGCCGCAGAUGCCAAAGCUGCCGCUCUGUCUGACGUGACCACCGAGCCGAACGCAACAAACGCAGCGUCCCUGUCAAUUGAGGAUAGUGGUGCAAUACAAGUUGCACCUCGUAGACGACCCGCGCGCCUUCUGAACAACGUGCCUGAUGAGAUUCUUCACAAUCAGGACAUCAACGAUGCCAUCGCGCUGCUGCCACGCAAUUACAACUUUGAGAUACAUAAGACUAUCCACCGCAUCAGAACUGCAAAUGCGACCAAAAUUGCACUUCAAAUGCCGGAGGGCCUCCUGCUGUUUGCAACGACCAUCUCAGAUAUUCUGACUCAAUUUUGCCCUGGUAUCAGCACUUUGAUCAUGGGUGAUGUAACGUACGGAGCUUGCUGUGUUGACGACUACACAGCUCGCGCCCUGGGCUGCGAUUUGCUGAUCCACUACGCACAUUCGUGCUUGAUCCCCGUCAAUGUCACCAAGAUCCAAACGCUGUAUGUAUUUGUCGACAUUCAAAUUGAUGUUCCGCAUCUGCUAGCCACUAUUGAGCGUAACUUCCCUCGAGGACGCACACUGGCUCUGGUCGGGACUAUCCAAUUCAACGCAACACUGCACGGAACCGCGACGCAGCUGCGCACCGCCGGGUACAAUGUCAUUGUCCCACAAAUCACGCCGCUGAGCAAGGGCGAGAUUCUUGGCUGCACUUCACCUCGAAUGUCAAGGGAUCAGCACAUUGAUGGUUUGCUCUAUCUUGGUGAUGGCCGCUUUCAUCUGGAGAGCGCCAUGAUCCACAAUCCGACCCUUCCAGCAUAUCGCUACGAUCCAUAUUCCCGCAGACUGACUCACGAGACAUACGAUCAUGCUCGAUUGCUUUCUGAUCGCUCUGCUGCACUCGUGCAGGCCCGGUCUGCACGCAAGUGGGGCUUGGUUCUCGGGAGUCUCGGACGUCAAGGUAAUCCUCAUACGUUGCAACUGAUUGCGAACCAUCUCAAGGCGCGCGGAACGCCUUAUGUGCACCUGCUGUUGAGUGAAGUAUUCCCUGGCAAACUCGCGCGCAUGCCCGACGUCGAAUGCUGGGUUCAAGUCGCAUGUCCGCGCUUGAGUAUCGACUGGGGCAGUGCAUUCGCUCGGCCGCUUUUGUCGCCAUACGAAGCACUCGUGGUGUUAGGCGGGCGAGAAGGGCGCUGGGAGCAGGGAGGGGUGGGGAAAGUUCAGCCGACCCUGGCGUCGACGAAGGAUGAAGAGAUAUUCUAUCCAAUGGACUUCUACGCCAAAGAGGGACUUGCACGGUUGAAAGCAGAAGAUGCUGUCAUUCCUAGUGAAUCAUGACAGCAGCAGCGUAAGGGGCACUGGUGUGACGCCUGAGGCGCGUUCUGGGUUGCGGGAGACAGAAGCCGUGUCAUCGAUAGAUUUCAGUUGUUGCACGUACGCAACUUACCGUAGCUUCGCGCAAUGUGAUUUUGACUUCGUGUCCGAAACGCUUCUCGCUGACAAUGCGAUCGUAGCAGACAGUACGUAUCUAUGGAUACCUGG